GUUGAUAGCCACAAACCUUUACUCAAAACUGACCCUCAAUAUACUGCAAUGUCCGCUGUCUCAAAGCACACAUGUAAUCACAACAUAGAUGCAGACCUUUGCGCUUUGCCCAGGUUGGCACAAAUAUCGCUGGCAACUUGGCUCCGGCUUGACCAUGCUUCACUUUACAACGUACUUCUCCGCUCACGGCGGCUUCCUCAGCUCCAUUGCCAGUGUGAUACUAAUCGCCUACCAGGUCGUCUGCCGCAUAGUUUGUGGGCAUGUUCUCAACGAUUCUAAACUAUUCGACUCAGGAAUGGAAAUUCAUUGGCUCUCUUACCUCAACCUACUACCGUGUGCCGUUUUGAAUAUCGGUUUAUUCAUCUAUCUGGUUUCGGUUGAAUUCAGAGAUUUUUAAGCAGCGAGGAUAUAUCGUUGUUAUCAAGCCGUUACUGUAUAAUCA